GUGGGCGCAGACAGCUCGGCUAUACCUCCGACUCCCCUAAUCCCGCCACCUCUGAGAACCCUACAGGGCGAGGAGGGAAGUCCACAAAGUGCCGGAGCAGAGGGGAGAAAAUUCAAAACGAGUCUACUCAACCUCGUCUUGGCUCCGAGGCCCUGCCAUGGAGACCAGCACAAUGCGCAGGCGCAUCCUUCGGAGAACGCGCAGCGCAGUACUGUGAGGCAAGACCACAAUCGGCCACCGUCGUCCAUUUCCCUUAUGAUUCCUUUUCCCCACCCCACGUAUUCCUCUCACCUGGAUCUAAAGCCUGAAGCUGGAGGCGGGAGCAUUCCGAAAGACUCGGUAGAGUGAUUGGGAGUAUGCUCUUAGAAGACCAGAACGCCUGUUGUCUAUUACCCCCCUUCGUUUCCGUAGACAAGUUUUGUGUAUACUCCUCGCAAUGGCUCAGCUCCAGGCACGCUUCUACACUGACAAUAAGAAAUAUGCGGUAGAUGAUGUUCCCUUCUCAAUUCCUGCAGCCUCCGAAAUUGCUGACCUUAGUAACAUCAUCAAUAAAUUGCUGGAGGCCAAAAAUGAGUUCCACAAACAUGUGGAGUUUGAUUUCCUUAUCAAGGGCCAGUUUCUACGAAUGCCUUUGCUCAAACACAUGGAACUGGAAAACAUCUCAUCAGAAGAGGUUGUGGAACUUGAGUAUGUGGAGAAGUACACUGCACCUCAGCCAGAGCAAUGCUUGUUCCAUGAUGACUGGAUCAGUUCAGUGAGAGGGGCAGAGGAAUGGAUCUUGACAGGUUCUUAUGAUAAGACUUCUAGGAUCUGGUCCUUGGAAGGAAAGUCAAUAAUGACAAUUGUGGGACACACAGAUGUUGUAAAAGAUGUGGCCUGGGUGAAAAAAGACAGUUUGUCUUGCCUACUAUUGAGUGCCUCUAUGGAUCAGACUAUUCUCUUAUGGGAGUGGAAUGUAGAGAGAAACAAAGUGAAAGCCCUGCACUGCUGCAGAGGUCAUGCUGGAAGUGUGGAUUCUAUAGCUGUUGAUACCACAGGAAGUAAAUUUUGCAGUGGCUCCUGGGACAAGAUGCUAAAGAUCUGGUCUACAGUUCCUACAGAUGAAGAAGAUGAAAUGGAGGAAUCCACAAAUCGACCGAGAAAGAAACAGAAAACAGAGCAGUUGGGACUAACAAGGACUCCCAUAGUGACCCUCUCUGGCCACACGGAAGCAGUUUCAUCAGUUCUGUGGUCAGAUGCUGAAGAAAUCUGCAGUGCAUCUUGGGACCACACAAUUAGAGUGUGGGAUGUUGAGUCUGGCAGUCUUAAGUCAACCUUGACAGGAAAUAGAGUAUUUAAUUCUAUCUCCUAUUCUCCACUUUGUAAACGUUUAGCAUCUGGAAGCACAGAUAGGCAUAUCAGGCUGUGGGAUCCCCGAACUAAAGAUGGCUCUUUGGUGUCGCUGUCCCUAACCUCACAUACAGGUUGGGUCACAUCAUUAAAGUGGUCUCCUACCCAUGAGCAGCAGCUGAUUUCAGGUUCUUUAGAUAACAUUGUAAAGCUGUGGGAUACAAGAAGUUGUAAGGCUCCUCUCUAUGAUCUGGCUGCUCAUGAAGACAAAGUUCUGAGUGUAGACUGGACAGACACAGGGUUACUUCUGAGUGGAGGAGCAGACAAUAAAUUGUAUUCCUACAGAUAUUCACCUACCACUUCUCAUAUUGGGGCUUGAAAGUGAAUGAUAGAUUUGAUUACAGAGAUUGUGUCUGUAAAUGAAAUUGAUAGAGAAUUCUCAGAUUGCAUCAGUGACGGUUCAGAAAGCAGCCUCUUAACAUUUAUGGUUUCGUCCUUGAUAAUAGCUAUCACUGUCUAUUUCUUUAUUUCUUAUUUAUUAUAAAGUAGUUUGUGUUAAAAUGUAAAAUGUGACCUGCCUUCUCAGCCAUUGAAACUAAACUGAAUUUUUUUUAGAGGUAUUGGUUUGAAUUAAGAUUUGCUUUUGAAAUGCUGUAAAAGAAUAUAUUACAAAUAAAGUAAUUGUCUGGAUUUUUAUUUCUGAUGGGGAAACCUAAGUUUUUCUACGUUAGCUGUUUAAGAAAAGUAUCUUAAGAAAACUUAUAAAUUCUAAAAGAGAAAAAAUUAGAAAUACGCUUUGUUUUGUAUAAAAUGUCUAACUAUCAUAAGAUUUUGUGGGUAUUCAACAUUAAAACGUGUAGUUGCCAAUUAAGAGUUUGCUGAAGUAUUUUAAGUGAAGUGCUUUGUAUUAAAGACAUCUUAGAAUC